GUUUUCUUUUACUUGUUUUUACAGAGUAGUUUGGAAUUAAGUAAGUAAAUCAAAUGCUGGAAAUAAACUGUGGAAAUUAACCCUUAGCUUUUGAGUUUAUGAAACAAAUGAUCAUCUCUAAAUAAUGAACUGGGUUCCAGAUUUCAGAAACCUGGCAGCUGAAAGCAAAUAAGAAGCCUCAAAUCCAUGAGAUUCAUUUUUAAAGUUGGCAUAUUUACAUUACAAAAUAAUUUGAAGAAAAGAAUUUCCAAGGACUUAGUACCUCAAUGAAGAAUCGACAAAUAAGGCGAUAAAUGUUUCAAGUUCAAUAUCAGACUAGACAACUGAAGAGAAAAACGUGAUCAGUGAAUGAAAAAUGGCACACACUAUAGAAUGGAUUCGAUUCCGUUUUCAGGCACAGGAAAGAAACAGCCCAUCUGAAAACAACACCAUUGUUAUCAUCUUCAUCACCGAAUUCGCUAGCCACGGGUCAAUGGUCAUCCACUUUAAAUAAGCAAAGAAUUAUCUUUCCAAAUAAUGGAAUGCUCACCAAGGACUCAGAAAGGAUAAUGAGAAACUAUAUGAGCAACAAAAUAACAACUACAAAAUACACCAUCUUCAAUUUUCUUCCAAAGAACUUUAUUGAACAGUGUAACAGAUUUGCCAAUAUUUACUUCCUGUUGUUGGCCUUUCUGAACUGGGUCCCAUCCAUUGAAGUAUUCCAUAAAGAGAUAACCAUGUUGCCAAUAAUAAUUGUGAUGUCUGUUACUGCAAUUAAAGAUGGACUUGAGGAUUUCAAGCGUUACCAAUUUGAUAAAAAGAUAAACAAAUCUCGGACACAAGUAUUUGAUUGGAAACAGCACCAGUACGUUGAGAAAUACUGGAAAGAUGUUCGUGUAGGUGACUUUGUGCAAUUAUCAUGCAAUGAAAUUAUUCCAGCUGAUAUGGUCCUAUUGCAUUCAUCAGAACAAAAUGGAAUCUGCUACAUUGAGACUUCUAACCUUGAUGGAGAAACUAAUCUAAAGCGAAGAUUGGCAGUUAAAGGAUUUUCAAGUCCCCAUUCUGAAUUUGAACCAGUGAACUUCAGCAACAGUAUAAUCUGUGAAAAUCCCAACAAUGAUCUCAAUAAAUUUAAAGGCUUUGUAGAUAAAUCUGAAGAAAAGAUUGGUUUUGAUAAAGAGAAUCUCUUGCUUCGAGGCUGCACCAUCCGAAAUACAACUGUUACGGUGGGAAUAGUGGUAUAUGCAGGUCAUGAGACCAAAACAAUGCUUAAUAAUAAUGGAUCUCGCUGCAAGCAGAGUAAGUUGGAGAAAAAAAUGAACACUGAUGUCAUAUACUGUAUGAUCCUACUGGUGAUUAUGUGUCUUAUAGGAGCAAUAGGUCAUAGAAUUUGGGUUGGAACUUUCCCUUCAUGGUCUCCAUUUGAACUUGCAGACCAGAAUGGCAGCUUAAUUUCAUCUAUUGUGUCUUUUUUCCGCAUAUUUCUGACAAUGGUGAUACUAUUGCAGAUCUUAAUCCCUAUCUCUUUAUACGUUUCCAUUGAGCUAGUAAAGUUGGGUCAGAUAUUCUUCAUUUGCAAUGAUGUUGAUCUGUAUGAUGAAAGGACCAAUACACGCCUGGAGUGCCGAGCUUUGAAUAUCGCUGAAGAUCUUGGUCAGAUACAAUAUAUUUUCUCUGAUAAGACAGGAACCCUCACUGAAAACAAAAUGGCCUUCCGUCACUGCACUAUUAUGGGCACAGAGUUCCGACAUGAUGAAAAUACCAAGCACUUAUCUACUCGUACACAGCCAGACUUCCUGGAUAAGGAUGGGCUACCACUGGAGAGCUCAGGCUCCAUCACCAACCUCCAGAAUAGUACGUCAGAUCUGAAGCAGAAGAGUACAAGACUUGUGGAGCAAUCAGAAAGCAUCUGUUCCCAGCAGCAGCUUACUGGUUUUGAAAGUCAUAACGAGUUAGUGAUGCACUGUGGUAGCAUCCCUUUCCAGAGAGUGGCAUUCAACAGCUUGAUUGAGAAAGAUAUCAGGCCGGAUGAAGCCUUGCUGAAGAGAAUUCGAGAUGCUGUUGUCCAUAUGGAGUCAUUGACUCAACUGAAAGCUGGCACUGGGUUGGAAAGUGCAUGCAUUGUCGAUUUCUUUCUAGCUUUGACAUUGUGUAACACGGUUAUGGUUUCCACAGCAACACAGCCAAGGCAACCAGUGCUGACUUCUUCAUCAUCAAAAUCUUCAACACGGUCCUUGGCAAAGCUAAAACAUCUUCAGAGGCUUAAGACACCACAUGGAAUUCCCAGUCAAUCUAGCUCUGAUGUGCCAGGGAGUUUGUGCAAUACACCAUUGUUGUCUUCCAAAGUUAGUCCAACUUCUUUCUAUGGUCCUGCGAGUGCAACAGAUGACAUUGGUUCUGGAAUGGACAGCAUCGAUAAUAUAAGUGAGAAUGCUGAGGUCGGUAGUAAUGUUGGUGGAGAAGAUGGGGAUGUCAUUGACGAACCUGCUAAAAAUAUUUGCUAUGAAGCUGAAAGCCCGGAUGAAGCAGCCCUUGUGCAUGCUGCUCGAGCAUAUGAUUUCACAUUAUUAUCCCGGACUCCUGACCAAGUGACUAUAAAGCUUCCUCAAGGAAAUCUUCUGACAUUUAAACUAUUGCAUAUCUUAGCAUUUGAUUCAACGCGGAAGAUAAUGUCUGUAAUAGUUAGGCAUCCUAUCACUAACGAGAUUGUUGUGUACACAAAGGGAGCAGAUUCUGUUAUUAUGGACCUAUUAGAAGAACCAGACAAAGAUAACAUUGAGGAGCAGAAGAAGCAAAGAAAUAUAAUUGAAGAAACACAAAAGCAUCUGAAUCAGUAUGCAAGUAAUGGUCUGAGAACACUAUGUAUUGCAAAGAAGGUCUUGACUGAUGGUGAAUAUGAAAAAUGGGCUAAUUUAAGGCAUGAAGCAGAGACCAGUAUUGACCAUAGGGAACCAUUGAUUAUGGAAACAGCACUACAACUGGAAACAAAUUUAAAGUUAUUAGGUGCAACGGGGAUUGAAGAUCGUCUUCAGGAUGGUGUGCCAGACACAAUUGAAGCCCUUCGAGAAGCUGGCAUAUUGACCUGGGUCCUCACAGGAGAUAAACAAGAAACUGCUGUAUAUAUAGCCUAUACAUGUAAGCUUAUGAAUCCAAAUGACUUGAUCUUCACUCUAAAUAGUGAAAACCAGGAAAUCUGUGAAUCUUUAUUGGAUUGCAUCUUGGAUGAAGUGAGAAAGUAUAAUGGAAUAAAUCAUACUACUUCCAAGUUGACUGUGAAUUUUGCAUCCACAUCCUCAACACGCAAGCCUACCAUCAAACCCACCUUUGGUUUGGUAAUUGAUGGAAAAACUUUGAGUGUGAUCUUCCAAGGGAACCUGCAGAAGAAGUUUCUGGAUCUGGUAAAAUGUUGCCAGUCUGUGGUGUGUUGUCGUUCCACACCACGGCAAAAAAGCAUGGUGGUCAAGCUAGUUCGAGAUCAUCUGAAGGCCACGACAUUAGCAAUAGGCGAUGGGGCCAAUGAUGUCAGUAUGAUCCAAGCUGCUAAUGUAGGCAUUGGGAUUACUGGUCAAGAAGGAAUGCAGGCUGUGAUGGCCAGUGAUUUUGCAAUCUCUCAUUUUAAAUACCUUAAAAAGCUGUUAUUGGUACAUGGUCACUGGUGCCACACCCGCUUGGCCAAUAUGAUUAUUUACUACUUUUACAAGAAUGUGGCCUAUGUGAAUCUACUGUUCUGGUACCAGUUUUUUUGCGGCUUCAGUGGAACUUCUAUGAUUGACUAUUGGUUGCUGAUUUUCUUCAACCUUCUCUUCACCUCCCUUCCUCCAUUAAUGUGCGGAAUACUGGACAAGGAUGUUUCUGCAGAAAUGCUUUUAGAGUUUCCUCAACUGUACAGAAGUAAUCAACAUUCAGGGGCCUACAAUCACUACACUUUUUGGAUCACCAUGUUGGAUGCUUUUUAUCAAAGUCUUGUCUGCUUUUUCAUUCCAUACUUUACUUAUCAAGGUUCAAAUAUUGACAUCUUUACAUUUGGAACACCAAUGAAUACAGCGUCCCUCUUCACAAUUCUAGCACAUCUAGCAGUUGAAACCAAAACCUGGACCUUCAUGCACUGGGUUUCAAUGAUUGGGAGCAUUGUAUUAUACUUCUUGAUUACACUUGUUUAUAGUACCUUCUGUGUGACCUGCAACAGUCCAUCAAAUCCUUAUUGGAUAAUGCAACGUCAGAUGACUGAUCCACUUUUCUACCUCAUCUGUCUUAUCACACCAAUCCUGGCCCUGUUACCAAGGUAUUUCAUUCGUAGUCUGCAAGGCACAUUAUUUGCAUCUUAUCUUCUCAAAGCUCGCCAACUGGACAAUUUGGACAAAGAGCAACAGAUCCAAGCCAUAAGGGAUUGGAAAGGCCUUAAUAUUUCAGGGAAUGACGUGCCAAAUUUAACAGAGUUUGCUGAUCAAUCAAGAGUGGAAAAUGUCAACCAUCCUUGUGCUAUAACAAGUAAUCCUAAUUCUCAGUUUGUGUCUCUCCCAGUGGAAACAGCAGAUAUACAAAGGUCCAUCAAUCGUGUCUGAAAUUUAACAGUCAUCAGGACAUACUAAGCCACAAAGUGAAACUCAUUGAGAACUGGAGUGAACCUAUCCAAUUAGAAUCAGCUCCAGAAAUGAAUGGCAUUGUGAUACAAUUUCAACAGCCACACUGCUAUUUUAUAUCCUGUACUCAUACCUCAUCUGCAGUACUUCCAGUCAUCAUUAUUUGUCUUGAAGCACAAACUCCUCACCAACCUGUAGAUACUGAGUUUGUCCCCACUGUGACUAAGUGCACUGCUCUGUCAAUUGUAGCACUGAUUGUUGGUAGCACCAUCUCUUCAUACUCAUUGUCCAUUGACAUAGAUAUGAUUUUAGUUACCUGAUUGGGCCAAUUUUUAUGGAAUUUUGAUCAUAAGAUAUAUCAUCCGUACUUUGUGCCUUUAUUGUUAUCUUGGAUUAUUAAGUCAUUUGGACAGUUUUCUCUUCAAUAACUCUGAGGCAUCAACUUAUAUUAUUUUUCAUUAGUUGGAAGCUAUUGUUCAACAUAACACAGAACACCACAGUCCAAAGUUCUUGUUCAUUAAAUUUCAACUAAUGUGGGUUUUUGUACUUCUGUUUUCUUGAUUAAACUAUUCAAUUCCAGGUUGAUAAUUCUACAGAGCUAUACUGCUUAGAGUUGACAUGAAAUCACCACUAACGCACCCAAAUAAAAAACUGCAAGACAACAUUACCAAACAAAAUGUAUCUGCCAAAAGACCAAAAACAAGUAAGAGAACAACUGACUGUGCGAGUAAAGUGAAACCAUCUGUGCUAAACCAUUGCCCAGUUUGUAGGUAGGACAAGCAGAUGGUGUACACGAUGCAAUUGUGAGAAAUUGGAGCCAAGCUUAGGUUACCAAAAUCACUUGCCAUCAAAACUGAGACAGGGCAACUGAUGAGAAGGAACUGAAUCCAUCCAACUUAAUCUGCAGUGACCUAAUGGAACAGGAAAUAUAAACAGUGGCAGCAAUGUCACCAAAAGUGGCAGAAGUGAGUUUAACAUCUGCAGGAGUAGGAACAACUACCAUAAUGUCACUAUGUCAAUGCAUCAAGUCAUUACAGAGAGAAAUGACUACGGACAAAUAAACAAAAUGGAGAUAUUAUAAUUGACUUUUUUGCAAUAAUGGGAAUAGGAAUUUUUAAGCAAGAUUAAUAGUAUUAAGGUAAGAUUGCUAUUGGUUUGUUAUCGUCACUUGUACUGAGGUACAGUGAAAAACUUGUCUUGGAUACCAUUCAUACAGAUCAAUACAUUACACAGUGCAGAUAUAUUGAGUUAGUACAGAGUGCAUUGAGGUUGUACAGGUAAAAGCAAUAACAGAGUACAGAGUAAAGUGUCACAAUAACAGAGUACAGAGUAAAGUUCAAAUAGGUCUUCCAAGUAAUUGGAAUUGGUUUAUUAUUGUCACAUGUACUGAGGUACAGUGAAAAACUUGUCCUAAAUACAGUUCAUACAGAUCGAUUCAUUACAUAGUGCAUUGAGUAUACAAGGUAAAACAAUAUCAAAAUGUAGAAUAAAGUGUUACAGUUACAGAGAAGGUGCAGUGCAGGUACACAGUAAGGUGCAAGGUCAUAAUGAGGUAGAUUGUGAGGUCAAGGGUCCAUCUUAUUGUACUAGGGAACUGUUCAAUAGUCUUACAACAGCAGGAUAGAAGUUGUCCUUGAGCCUGGUGAUACGUGUUUUCAGGCUUUUGUAUCUUCUGCUUGAUGGGAGAGGGGAGAAGAGAUUGUCCGGGGUAGGUGGGGUCUUUGAUUAUGCUGGCUGCUUUAGCGAGGCAGUGAGAAGUAUACAAAGUCAAUGGAGGGAAGGCUGGUUUCCAUGGUGUGCUGAGCUGUGUCCACAACUGUCUGCAGUUUCUUGCGGUCUUGGUCAGAGCAGUUGCCAUAGCAAGCCGUGAUGCAUUCAUGUAGGAGAACACACACCAGUAUUCAUUGAAGGGUCAACGGUAGAAAGGGUGAGCAGCUUCAAGUUACUGUGUGUCAACAUCUCAGAUGAUCUAUCUUGGGCCCAAGACAUUGAUGCAAACACGAAGGAGGAACACCAGCCACUCCAUUAGGAGUUUGAGGAGAUUUGGUAUGUGACCAAAGACUCUCGCAAAUUUCUACAGAUGUACAGUAGAGAGCAUUCUGACUUGUUGUAUCACCACCUAGUACGGAGGCUCCAAUGCUCAGGAUCGAAAGAGGCUGCAAAGGGUUGUAGACUCAGCCAGCUCCAUCACAGGCACAACCCUUCCCACCAUCGGGAACAUCUUCAAGAGACGGAGCCUCAAAAAGGCAGCAUCCAUCAUUAAGGACCCUCACCACCCAGGACAUGCUACCAUCAGGGAGGAGGUACAGGAGUCUGAAGACCCACACUCAACAUUACAGGAAUAGCUUCUUCCCCUCUACCAUCAGAUUUCUGAACAGUCCAUGAAACCAUGAACACUACCUCGUUAUUCCUCUUUUGCACUAUUUAUUUAUUUUUGUAACUUAUAGUAAUUUUUAUGUCUUGUACUGUACUGCUGCCGUAAAACAACAAAUUUGAUGAUAUAUAUCAGUGAUAAUAAACCUGACUCUGAUUCUGAUUCCAUGGUGCAUCGAUUAAAAACUAAUAAAAGAAUUUUUAAAAGAGUAAUUGUUGUAAGAAUAAGUGCAGAAUUAGACAUUUCUGGGAAUACUCAGCAGGUCAGCUAUCAUCUGAAGAGAGGAAUAGAUUAGUAUUUAACACCAAUGACUUUUCAUUAGAAGUAGGAAUAGUUAGAAAUCAAUUUUGUUUUAAGUUGCAGAGGAGGGUGAGUGUUGAAAAGGACAAAAGAGAUUUCCGUGCCAGUGUGGAGAGCAAGAAAGAUGGACUGACACAAAUCGUGUCAGCUGAGAGAGUGAUGAAUGCUUGUUAAUCACAGCUAAUCUGCCUGGAUGGGAU